UGUUGUGGAUGAUGUUCAACUGGAUGAUCCGGAUACCAGAAGUUCAGAUGUUCUACCAGAAGGUCUCACACAUGAACUUCCUAGUGCAGACGAGUUUGAUAAGGCAACUCUUGAAGCUCCAGUAGCUGACAAUGACGACCUUGAAGAUCUUCGCAGGCAACUUGAAGCCAUUAAUUCUGCGUAG